AUGGUGGUGGCUCGAGGACCAAAAAAGCAUUUGAAGCGACUGACAGCUCCAAAGUCAUGGAUGCUGGACAAGCUGGGAGGAGUGUUUGCUCCUCGACCCAGCACUGGCCCUCACAAACUAAGAGAGUCACUUCCAUUGGUCAUCUUCCUUCGGAAUCGUCUCAAGUACGCCUUGACUGGAGAUGAAGUCAAGAAGAUUGUUAUGCAGCGUCUCAUCAAAGUUGAUGGGAAAGUCAGAACAGACACAAAUUUUCCAGCUGGAUUCAUGGAUGUGAUCAUAAUUGAGAAGACUGGAGAGUACUUUAGACUCCUGUAUGAUGUGAAGGGUCGAUUCAUCACCCAUCGUAUCACCCCUGAAGAAGCCAAAUACAAGUUGUGUAGAGUGAAGAAGGUGCAGACUGGGCCAAAGGGCAUCCCAUUUUGUGUCACUCAUGAUGGAAGAACCAUUCGAUAUCCAGAUCCCAUUGUCAAGGUUAAUGAUACUGUUCAAGUGGAUAUCGGUACUGGGAAGAUCAUCGAUGUCCUCAAAUUUGACUCUGGGAAUUUGUGCAUGAUCACUGGAGGACAUAACUUGGGUCGUGUGGGAGUUGUGACUUCACGAGAACGUCAUCCAGGUUCCUUUGAUAUUGUCCAUGUCAAGGAUGCUCUUGGGCAUACAUUUGCCACUCGGCUGAACUAUGUAUUCAUCAUUGGGAAGGGGAACAAGCCGUACAUCUCUCUGCCUCGUGGGAAGGGAGUGCGACUGACAAUUGCCGAGGAACGAGAUCGGCGAAUUGCAGCUCGCACCAACUAA